CAAAUUCCCAACACCAUCGGCGCUGCGGGCCCCGACCACUGAUACUGUAGACACUCGGCCUCAAUUUCUGCUUCUUCACUCAGCAACGCCAGAUUUCACCCUUUGUGUCUCCAUUCCUCAACCACACCUUUCACCAUGGCUGAACAGUUGAUGCUCAAGGGCACCCUCGAGGGCCACAACGGCUGGGUCACCAGCUUGGCUACCUCCAUGGAGAACCCCAACAUGCUGCUCUCCGCCUCGCGCGACAAGAGCCUCAUCAUCUGGAACUUGACCCGCGACGAGACCCAGUACGGUUACCCUAAGCGCUCGCUCAAGGGUCACUCGCACAUUGUCUCGGACUGUGUUAUCUCGUCUGACGGUGCCUACGCUCUGUCUGCCUCGUGGGACAAGACUCUGCGCCUCUGGGAGCUCGCCACCGGCACCACCACCCGCCGCUUCGUCGGCCACAACAACGACGUCCUGUCCGUCUCCUUCUCGGCCGACAACCGCCAGAUCGUCUCCGGCUCGCGCGACCGCACCAUCAAGCUGUGGAACACCCUGGGUGACUGCAAGUACACCAUCUCCGACAAGGGCCACACCGAGUGGGUUUCCUGCGUCCGCUUCAGCCCCAACCCCCAGAACCCCGUCAUUGUCUCCUCUGGCUGGGACAAGCUGGUCAAGGUUUGGGAGCUCUCCACCUGCAAGCUCCAGACCGACCACAUCGGCCACACCGGCUACAUCAACACCGUCACCAUCUCCCCCGAUGGCUCUCUCUGCGCCUCCGGUGGCAAGGACGGAACCACCAUGCUCUGGGACCUGAACGAGUCCAAGCACCUGUACUCCCUGAACGCUGGUGACGAGAUCCACGCCCUGGUCUUCUCCCCCAACCGCUACUGGCUCUGCGCCGCCACCGCCUCGAGCAUCAUCAUCUUCGACCUCGAGAAGAAGAGCAAGGUCGACGAGCUCAAGCCCGAGUCCACCGCUGUCGGCAAGAAGGCCCGCGAGCCCGAGUGUGUCUCCCUCGCCUGGUCCGCUGACGGCCAGACCCUGUUCGCUGGCUACACCGACAACCUCAUCCGCGCCUGGGGUGUCAUGUCCCGCGCGUAAAGUGCCGGUUAGGUGAAGAAGAGAUGAACUAAAAAAACAUCACGACACGAUGCUGGGACCGCUCGGUUUUGUGAGCGGUGGAUCAUGGUGAGGCGUCCAACGGUUGGCUUGCUCAUUUGAUCUGUUAUGAGUCACGGACAUGGGAGAUGACAUAUACUCCAAUGAAGGCGUGAACAUUGGCUGGCUAGGGGAAGAUCUGGUAGACAAUGGGAACUUUGUUUUGCCAGCUUCAAUGACAAUUUAAAAAAAUCCAAAUCUCAAA